AUGUCGAAAGCUUGGUUCGAGGCCAAAUGCGCCGUUCGAUUCGGAGCGCUCCCUUCCCACGCCAGACCCAUCCACGAACUCUUCACCGGGGCCAGAUCAAGCUCUGCAGCAGCCGAGCAGCUCGCAUCCAGCAACCUCAAGCACCACGAUGACACAGACUGGCGCCUGUGGCAGCUUAUCUUCGACGCCGCCGAAGAGCUGCCACAACACCACGGCGCCAUCAUCGACCUCGUGCUCGCGCUGCAAACGGAACGCGAUACCCAUAGACCGGACGACGCCGGACUCGAGGCGUGGAUGAUGAGCUUUGGCGGAAAUUACCGGGAUCGUCUGGAUCUGCUGUGGGCGUGGCGCGGCGGUGGCUGGAAGAAGGAGCCAGCGCCGAUUGUGUCCGACACGAGGGAGCGCCUCGCCAACUUCAUCGUCUGGUCGGCGUGUCUGUUGGAGUCAGCAUUCAGACAGCGGUUUCAGAUGAAGGCGUUGGCAUGGUGUGAUGUAGCCAAGGUCCUUGAGGCUGAAUCGGAGAGCUAUGGCGGCGAGCUGGGGUUGGAUGUGGCAGUUGUGGCACAGUGGAUCUUGCAUGCUCCGUCUCUGCGGACAACUGAGGGGGAGGAGUCAGAUCGUGGAGCUAAGUGCCUGCAUGCUCAGAAGGGCCUCUGGAAGGGCGGUGCAGGAUUCACGUUGGAGAGGUGGGGUUUCUGGAAAAGCAGGUUGAACAACUGUGUUCAGGCGGGAAUUUUGCCGGAUGAGACGGCGGAGGCGGUAAAAGCAGCAGUGGCGAAGAUGAGCCAAUCAUAA